GCCAGAUUGUGUAGAGAAGAAGCAUACCAGCCCAAUCAAUGAGGUCAGUGAAUUAUCUGACUUUGAUAGAGAAAAAGUGGAUCCUGAACUUGUCUGUAAAGGGCACUGGAACUGUAAGGAUAAUGAUGGAUCUAAAGUUUUAGUUUGUCAUGACAUGGAAGGUGGUUAUCGUGAUGACAAGUUUGUCGGAGGAACUGAUAAUCCAGAUUUCUAUAAUUUCUAUCACUGGGCACAAAUAGAUAUUUUUGUCUAUUUUAGCCAUCACUUGGUAACCAUUCCACCCCUGAUGUGGAUAGAAACUGCACACAAAAAUGGGGUGAAAGUUCUGGGAACUUUCAUCACAGAAUGGGAUCAUGGAGCAAAUAACUGUCUGACCAUGUUUGGAUCAGUACAAUCCUCAAUUCAUUUUGCAAAAAAGUUGGCUGAGAUUGCUCUCACUUAUAAUUUUGAUGGUUGGUUAAUCAAUAUCGAAAAUGUGCUAACAGUUGAUGGAGUAGAGAACAUCCAAGUAUUUUUGCAGUAUCUCACUCAAGAGAUGAAAGAAUCAAAUCUCCACAGCUCUAUCAUUUGGUAUGAUGCUGUUACUAAUGAGGGUAAACUAGAGUGGCAAGAUAGUGUCACUGACCUCAAUAGCUGCUUUUUCAGAUGUUGUGAUGGAAUAUUCCUUAACUAUACUUGGAAAGAUUGGAAAUUAGAGUUGACACUAGAACUUUGCAUUGAUAAGCCUUUAGAUGUCUUUGUAGGAAUUGAUGUUUUUGCUCGAGGGUGCAUAGGGAAGUUUGAAUGCCAUAUCAGCACCAAAAAAAUAACCGAUUAUGGAUUUUCAGUUGCUCUCUUUGCUACUGCUUGGUGUUAUGAACAGACUAAACCUGAUUUCCCUUCUUUCAUAAAGCAUAACAACAGAUUCUGGAAUUUACUUCAGCCAACUUGCUCUCCCAAACCUCUGUCUUUGACUCAAGAUGAAAAAUAUGUUACAGAGUUUAACUUUGGUUUUGGAAAAAAGGCUUAUAGAUAUGGAUUCUUGCUGUCUUUAAAAUCGUGGUUCAAUUUGUCGAAGCAAGAUGUACCCUUCAUAAACUUCAUCAAUGAUGACAACCUUAGUACCAGCAUAAAUGAUGUGCAGGCAUUUGAGUCUAGUACUUGUCUUCAAGUUGAUUUUUUGGAAGGCACCAGUCACGACAACUUGAUAUGUCUGGACAUGUCGCGUAGAAAAGGUGGUGAAAUGAUCCUGGUAUGUAAGUCUUUAAAUGAUUCAAAAUUGAAGGAUUUAAAGAUGCUUGUAACUGAGAAAAAUGGCAUUCAACAUAGUCUUUAUCAAGAGCAAAACAUGUUUAUUGGUGGGAACCAUUGGAGAAGAAUUACAUUCCCUUUAAAUGAUGCACUGAACAUCAAAUGGAUUGGUUUAAAAUUUGAGAAGAAGAGACAAAUUGUUUUACUUGGACAAUUGAGUUGUUGAUUUUAGCAGGAACUCCUAUUAAUGAUACAUUGCUCUGUUUAUAUAUUUUACGGUAUGUAGCGGAUAUGAAAUUGAUAAGUAAGUAGUUUAGUUUUGAGAACUGUUCAUGAAUUUAUCAGAAUCUCUGAUGUACCAGGAUUCCUUCUCAAUUUUCAGUUGUAGUACAAUAUACAGAGUGAAAUAUUUGUAAUCAUUUGACUGAUUCUUUGUUUUAAAAAAAAUAUAUAUGUAAAUAAUGCACAAAAAAACACUUUUCAAUUUUCAUAUAUUUC